AUGGACCGUCGAUAUUUAUAUGUUUUCAUAUUUCUGGCUGUCUGUGGGAAUUUUCGACGAAAAUCGUCAGUGGCUGGCGAUAGUUUUGCAUCCAUAGCACAACUCGAGAAAAUUGUGAACUUAGAAAUUCAACUGGGUGAAAGUUUGGAAAGAUUUCUCGAGCAGGAGAAUAAACGAUUGCAAGAGAUCAAACAAUUCGCGAAACGCGUAAAAGAAGCCACAGAACUAGUUAAGAAAGAUGGAAUGAAAGUUCUCGAAAAUCCGACUGCAACAUAUGCUGUUAUAAAACGCUUUGCAAACGGAUGGACAGAGUUGGCAGGAUUUUUAAGCAAGGAUUACUCUCAGAGUAAGUAAAUAACUAACAAUUAAUUUAAUCAGGUUGAUUGACCCAAUUUGAUUAGAUCAAUCGUUGUGCUAAAUUGCUCUUGAAUAAUAACAGCAAUACUAAACAAUUAAUUUAAACUAGACCCUGGUACAGUGUCUGCUAUCAAAAUGGUCGUUUGAAAUUAGCUGUCCGGCUGAUCCGCGCGUUUUCCACGCUAUUCACGCAUAGGCAAAUAAUAUGAUUCCAUUUCCUGAGUUCUGUUUCUUAGCAUAUGCUGUCAUCCAGACUAAAUUUUUAAAAAAGACCUUUUCUUUGAAAUAAGAUCCCAAAGAAAAUAGUGUUCGAUUUCCUUCGAACCACCUGAAGUAAUCUUACUACUUGGGUAGCUUGUGCCAGGCUCUCAGAUAGUAGGGACGCUGGAUGUUGAAAUAAGAUGCGCGUGAUCUGGGAGGUAGCGCACGUGUUUACGAUUCUCUCUCUGAACUCUCUUUGCCCAUACUAACACCGCGGCAAAACGCAAUGCGCAUGAGCACAAAAUUUAAUAUCCGGUCAGCUUUUUAUUUCCGGUCUAGUAUAUAAACCAAUAGCGUAAGCAUAACUUUGCCGUCGCGCCAAGUUUAAAAGCAAAAAGGGCGAAACAGACAAAAAAGGGGGCCCAAAAAAUCACUUCAUUCGAAAGCUUAUAUAUUUUUCUAUUCUCAAACUUUUGCACCACAUGGUUAUCUGUUUGCACCAACGGUGAAAAUCAUGUUUGAAGUUCGCAGUAGCUCGCGAGCGCUCGACAAGACGAAUUUGUUUUUACUGGCUUUCUUGCAUGCUACUGGUUUGGCAUAAGUUAAUUUGGGAGAAGGCGACAACUAAGAAAAGAAUAACAAUACUUAUGAAAGAAACCAAAAUAAAGACGUCAUCAUUAUCAUAAANCGUUUGAACUUAGCUGUCCGGCUGAUCUGCGCGUUUUCCACGCUUUUCACGCAUGGUCAAAUAAUAUGAUUCCACAGUCCUGAGCUGUGUUUCCUAGCGCGUGCUAUCGUCCAGACUAAAUUUAAACAGACCUUUUCUUUGAAAUAAGCUCCUAAAGAAAAUAGUAUUCGAUUUCCUUCGAACCACCUGAAUUAAUCUUCCUACUUGGGUAGCCUGUGCCAGGAUCUCAGAUAGUAGGGACGCUGGACGUUAGAAUACGAUGCGCGUGAUCUGGGAGGUGGGGCACGUGUUUACGAUUCUCUCUCUGAACUCUCUUUGCCCAUACUAGUCUUUCUCAAAGUCCUUUGCAUGUCAUUUCCGGUUCCGGUAGUAGGGUCCAGCGCGAAGGACGGGGAUGGAGCUUCCGCUCUCUCGCUUCCUCCGUUACCGCACAAAAAGUAAUUAAAAUCUCCCUAGACUGCGAGCAGUCUCUCUUUUUCUUCAGAUUUACUAAGGGGAGUGCACGCGCGCGCGAGCGUUGCGCCUUCAGUCAUGCACGUGGUCAUUUGCGUGUCUCGGGCGUUUUGCUCGACGGACCAAGAAAAAAGAGAGACUGCUCGUAGUCUAAAAUCUCCCACUUGCGCUUCGCGAUCGUGAAAAAUUUUGAGCUCGACGUGUGGGCACUGGUCUAUGUCUAUAUUUGCGAUCAUAGAUUUAGCCUAUGAUCACACUAUACUGUCGCGCCUCCACGCGGCACCGUGCCAUCCCCUCGAUAGGGCUUCUAUUACUGUAAUUUUAAAACGAUUUCUGUAACGGAGCGAAGCGGCGGCGGGUCGACCUCUAAAGUGGAUUCAGUCACAUAUAAAUACUUGACAUACUUUAUUGUUUCCUCCCCAAAGGGGCUUUUCAGGAACAAUCAUUAUUCACAAGCAUUACCAUGAUUUAACUAAUUACAACACUUAACUUAGUACUAAUUGUAAUGCUUAACUAAUUACUAAUUACGAUACUGUCUUUUUAAACUUAACUAGGAAUCAUUUACAAAGUUUUCUAAAAGCUGGUUCCUUAAGAGACGUUUAAAAAUGUGAACAGAUUGGAUUAAUUUAAGAAAAGGUUCUAAAUUGUUCCGUUAAUUAAUAGUCCUGUAAUCAAGUUCUCUCAGUAUGGAGACUGUUCUGAAAAGAGAAAUAUUGGAUAGGUAUUCAUACUAUACCGGACAUAGCUUUUUGUGUGGGCACGAAAUGAUAUCCCCUAAAUAGUGUGAACAUGACAUUAGAAUCACGUUUACGAUGAUUAUUUGGCAAUUCAAAUUUCAACCUUCAACUUUAUUCAUUCAUUCACACAUAUAAUUACAACAUUCACGACGGCUUCCACCCGCGUAUAGAAGAGCCGAAUCGAGGCUGGGGAAGAGACACAAAUUUAAAGAAAGUAAAGGAAAAAAAAGAAAUAUUGUUCAAACAGUACCAGCUGUCGUAAAAUAAGAAUUAUGGUAUGAAUUAAGCUAUCUAAAUGACAAUGUGAAUUACACAGAGAAUAUAUAGCUUAAGUCGUGUUCCUGAGCUAGUUAAAUUUAAGUUGAUGCAUGAUUUCAGUGAUUUCAAGAUAGUCAUUAGAUUUAGAUAAAAUUUCAAAGAGCUUACUCCUUAAGCAAUGUUCAAUUUGAAUCACGUGACCAAGUUUUCCGUUUACUUAUACUUUGCUCGUACAGAUUUGCAAGAUUUACUGAGGACAAACGAGUGGCAGUUCCCUAAUUACAACGAAGACCUUGUGGGAGCCAUGGCAGCAUUGUAUCGUCUUCAAGAUACAUACAAUAUAUCAAGUGUUGAUAUGAUAAACAAUAAUAUGCCAGGUAAGCAAAAUAAAAAUUAGGUAGCUAUAAGGCUCGAGUUAUUGUGCUGCCCCGUCACUCCUCUUUCUUGAUCGUGUUCCCACUUUCUCAACAAGCUCGUGCGAAAAACGCUAGCUACGCUGACUACCAGCAGGUCAAACUGCCGAGGAAGUUCACGGUAUUCGCGCCGCACUGAAUAUGGGCCCAAAGGACGGUUUGAAUUAGGACGUCACAUGAUUUUGGGUACGACCCGCCGAUUAACGUAGACAUAGUUCCGUGUGUCGCUUCUUUCCUUCCGGACGGAGAGAAGUGACAACCGGUACGUGAAGUGGCUAAAGCAAAAUAAUGCUUCAGGAGAAUAAAAAAUGAUUUCGUACCUCAAUAAAUUGGUGAAUAAAAAAAAGCAUUUAUAUGUAGGUAUAAAACCAUGCCAAGUCCUGGGGCGUACUCCCUAAAAUGGCCCAUACAGAGAGGCUCCGCCCGGAAGGGGUACCACUCUCAGGCUUCAGGUAUAUGAAAGGGUAGGGAUUCACUGGUUGAAGUACGUGAAAGGGACUGUAAAAUGGCCCAAAAAGGCUAACAGAUGCAUCUUAUGGCUGUCAAAAAGUCAAGAAAACGUUCUGGUUUUGUGAUUUAUUCGUAUUUUUUUGAAGUGUGGUUUUGUACCAGGUGAAUAUCUGACUGCAAAGGCCAUUAUAUUUGGACCCUCUCUAAGAGAUUUCUGUGUUUCACUUUUAGGAUGUGGCCCUGCUCCAGAGCUUUUAGCAGAGGACUGCUUUGAACUAGGGGUGCUGGCUUAUCAAGCAGGGAGAUACGGACAGGGCCUGGACUGGCUUAGGAUGGCAGAUAAAUUGACCCGUCGUGGGAAACACGAAGGAGCAAUAAAUCACACAGAAGUCUUGGAACACUUAGCAUGGGUGGAAUUUAUCGUAAGACAAUUCAAAUCACUCAGUGGCCUAAUUGGCAGAUUAAGGGGGAGGUGACUCGGUUGACGAUCGAUUAGCUAGCAAGGUACCCUUUUUCUGAACAGUAAAAAAUAUAGCGUCGUCUUUUUCACGGAUUUUUUCUGAGGGUAGGGGCGGCUGUACAGAGGACACAAAAAGUCAGGGGCACCCAAUGGAUCUGUUCCUCAAAAUAUCUGUUUUUCAGGCACAUUUUUGCUGGCUGGGAGAUUUGGAAGAAAUAAUUGUCCUUGGAAAGAAAGUGUUGCUGGGAAAAAGAUAAUUCAGGGUGUCAGAGGGGAUUUGAAGUCUAGAAUAGCUGCUACGGGUUACUUGUAUGGGUUGCUUACCACUCAAGAUCUGAAUUGUGCCCUAUGAAACUUCCAAGUAAGUCAGGUUGCAGGUUGUAAGGUUGUUGGCUGGGAACUCUUCCAUCAGUCUUGCUGGGAGUGAGGAACAGAUAAUUUUUUCCAGCAAUCUCCCAAAAUGCUCAAAAUAAUCUCAGAAAACUUUAUUCACGCUUUUUUGUUGUUUUUAGGUCUUUUUCUCAAAAUUUCCCGUUGGGUGCCCCUGAAAAGUUACAGUGAAUAAUAAUGUCAGAAAAAAACCGCUGGGCAGUCAUUACAUAAAGGAUAGAAUAGUGGGCCACUAUCGUCUCUUGAACAACACCUUGAGUUUGUGGAAGGGCAGACUUAGUGUCAAGGAGCCAUCAUAGUCUCUUCUGUAGUCGGUCAAUCCGAGGUCAUACUGAUGCUUCCAGGCCAUGCAAGGACCCGAGCCACUACUAAGGGGACUAGGGCGGGGUCGAACAAUACAGUUCGAGUUCGUGUUUUAGUUUUAAUUUCUUGCUCGAUUCCCACUGCAACUCGAGCUCAAAGUCAACUGGCUGUUAUCAACUAAAAGGUUAUCCCCGACUUUGCAAGCUAAUUUAGUGAAAUCUUUUACUUUAAAAAUCUAAGGCUCGUUUCUUUUCCUUGUUUAGAAAGGGAAUCCGGAACGUUCUCUAAAUCUAACCUUGGAAAUAUUAAAAAAUGGUAAGAUUUCUUUUCCCGGUAUUAAAUUGAAAACUGAGUCUUUCAUUACUUUGUUAAGAGCUGGAAAGGAAUCAUACGUUAUAACGUAUUUCAGAACCUCAAUGUACAUCAGUACUAUAAUUAGUUUCGAUUUCUGCUUACUUAUGAAACGAAGUUUAAGGGAACCAUAUACAUCUUGGAGCGUCAAGCAGGGUGGGGAAAAUGGGGACGCUUACAUUUAUUUAAGCACAUGGGGGGGGGGUAUUUUAUUUAGCGAAAUGGGGCGCUAUACUGCUUUUCAAACAACCAGAAGAUGGUCAAUUCGCCGUAAAGAACUUACACAUAAGGUGAAAGAACUCAAGUACAUGAAGUCAGGAGGUCAUGAGGCCGAAGAUCAAAAACAAAUCUGAACUUCUAGCACGUGAAUAAACGAUACCGGAUCAGUCUACAUGAAGCAAGUGCUGCAGUCGUAGCUAAUUACCACAAUCUAUCAUUUAUUAAUAUUGAUUGUGAAGAGCUAGAAUAAGGGGGAAGGGGCCUUAAUACAUUUUCUUCUAAAAAGAGGCCUUGCAGAGGAUUACAGUAAGCCUUAAUAGAAACGCCCAAAUGCAUAGGUCACCCUCUCCUUACCCUCUCGCCGCCCUCACUACGUAUCUCUCUGGUCCCCUUUUUAGUUUCUUUUUAAAAGAGGAGCGCAAGACAAAAUCUAAACGCAAGGCUGCGUGUACGUUAACGGCCUAGCCCUCCCCAGCUCUCGACUUGUCGAUUCCACCUAUCCAUCUUUGCACACGUCUGGCGACAGUAGCACACUUUAUAAAAUCUGCAACGAACUUUACCUUACAAAAUUGGUUGGUAACAAUGUUUCAAUUGUAGUUCCUCAUAGCAGACAGGCCAAAGAAAAUGUCAUGCACUACAAGCGAGUCGCUGAACAUGGAACCACUGAAACGUAUGAGCAAACAAAGGCUAAGGAGGAGGCAAUCAACACAGCUGCAUUCACACAGGGCGAGUAUGCAACACUAUGCAGGGGAAACACAAGUCAGGUAAUGGCUUUUACUUUUUUCUCCCACAGGCAACCCAAAUUUAUGUUUCGAAGAACACAUUCCUAACAACAAAUUCAUUGCAUUAGCUCGUUAUGUAUAAUUUUUCAGACAUUCCAACAUUUAUGAAAAUCUUAGUCUUUUGUGUCAGUUACCUCAAAAUUCGCUUAUUAGCUAACUUCAUCAUACUCUUUCUAUCUCUAGUAUAUUUUAAGUUGUAUUCCGUACUUUUUUUGAUUAAGCAGGUAACGUGACAGCGAGCUACUGAACGGUCCUAUUGCAGUAGAGAAAGUAUAAAUUAUCGUCACUUUAAUGAGUUCUUUUUCUUACUCAGAGUAUCCCUCAAAGUAACCUCAUUUGCUGGUACGAAAACAAAAAGGACCCUCUGCUCAUGCUCAGACCUGUUAAAGUCGAAAUGGUAUGGCGAAAACCCCGGAUCUUUAUAUUUAGAGACCUCCUGAGCCCUGUGGAAGCAAAACAAAUAAAAGACAUAGCCACGCCCAAGGUGAGUUUUCAUUUAGUGAAGUGCAACCCAUACCCCUUUAAAUUUUGCCUUGAAUAUCUCGUAUUCCAUAUAUCCCUGUAAUCCAAUAACAGUUGACGAUACAAUUUCUUGUAAAAUAUUUUAAGCUGGUUCACGUUUUGAAAAUGUAAGUGCUCAAAAAACAAGCAGAGAAAACAUUGCUUUUUUCUCUGCCUCUCUUUCCUUUCUCCUCGCUAAUAUUUUCCUCUCCUUUUUAUAAAUUCCCUUCUUUAGUGUGAUUUUCGGGCUAAUCGGACGCAAGAAACUUGCGUUUCGACCUAGCUGCAAUUUCCGGGGGAUGAGAGAAAGUGUUUCACAGAUCGAGAGAGGUCUAGCUUAUAUUAGCCCAAUGUGUUUCAUGUUCUGCAGCAUGGCGUUUUUUGUACACGUGACUGACAAGUUGCAAAGGGCCCAUGUUAUUAAUUAUAACCAGGAGUUCAUUUUAUGACCCAAAGAAAGCGGGCGUCUGUUAUAACUGAAAUAAUAACGUUGUUUAAGUGUUUAGAAGGAGGCGGCGUGGUUGAACGGUUAGGGCACUGGACUUGUAAUUUGGAGGCCCGAGGUCAAGUCCUGCCCUGACCGCCAGCUACGGUAGUUCCGAGAUCAAAUCUUCGGCCACGCCUGUGCGGCCAACUGGUCUGCCCCCGGCCAGUUGGGAUUCUUAACCAUGUUAUGUUCCAUUUCAAUUAUUAUUGUCAUUAGAGUAUUAGUGUUAGUGUUUAUGUAUUACCAUUGAUACUUGCGUAGAGAGAAAGAGAAGCAUGAAACUAAAGCCUGUUUUAGUGUAAACUGCGAAUUGUUCCGAUGACUACAGCCGCUGUUAUGGCAUUUUUAUACUCGGUUUAGCCACCUUUAUUACCAACUUAGCUGUUUUAACUACAAAUUUUGUUAAUUUCUUUAACUAUGCCUCAUUUUCUUUGGCCUUGGUAGCUGCAAAGGGCAACAGUAUUUAACAAGGAGACUGGUGAACUUGAAAACGCUGAUUAUCGAGUAAGCAAAAGGUACGGUUACGCGUCAGAACGUUAACUUGUAGGUCUGGCCCCUGUUGUUCAAAAGAUAGAUAGCGCUAUCCAUCGGAUAAAUCGCUAUCCACCGGAUAAGUAUUAGGGAAACCAAUUGCGCUAUCCAGUGGAUAGUUAUUUAUCCAAUGGACAGCGCUAUCCGCAUUUCGAACAACUGGCGCCUGGACGAAAUCCUUGAACAGCAAUGUGCAAUUCAAAUAAAACCUCUUUGGCAGCAGUCACUUUUUACUUUGUGUUUCUCAUUAUUUUGCGACGUGAUAUUUUUUUGCUUUUUUAACUAUGUUAUGAGUCUGGCCUUGAUAGUUAGUCUGAGUACAGAGGCCGAAAUGAAUGAAUGGAAAAAUGUUAGACUAAACUAGUUAUCAAAGUACAUGGCGUCAUGCAAUACAAGACCGUCAGAGAAUAAAAGAGGAUGAAAGAAGGAUGAAUGAACAAAUGAAUUGAAUGACUUGAAUCAAUGAAUCAAUGAAUCAAUCAGCUUUAAUCAAUAAUCAAUCAAUCAAAAAGUGAAGGAAGGAAGGAAGGAUAGAAUGAAGGAAUUAAUUAUAGAACGAACGAAGAAACGAUAAAUAGUAUAAACUUAUAUUAAACUAUACGUUCGGGGAAAAGUGAGCAAAAAUUUAAAAAAAGGGAACAAUAAAUAGGAAGUAAUAUACUGAAGGAGUUUUAUAAUGCAGUGCUUGGCUGGAAAGCGAAGACAGUGAAGUCGUGGCAAGACUGAACAGACGAAUUGGAGCCGUAACAGGCCUGGAAAUGACUACCGCAGAGCCUUUGCAGGUAUUCUAAAUAAGACAAAUCCCCAGUCCCCGUUGUAGUUUCGUUUUCAGUCGUUGCGUUUUCUGAUCCUUAGGUCAUUCUAUAAGUAAAAAUGAAAAAUGAGAAAAACGGAAAGUAACUCAGUAUUUUACCGUACACAUUCAUCUAGCAUGUCUGGGACAGCAAUAUAAUAAUCUUAUACAAGUCAUGAUCAUAUAGUUUAUUUGCGCCCUUCCGUCUCUAUCAAACACGCGUAAAACCAAAACAAACUGCAACAUUCACCAGGUUUCCUGCUCCAAUUAGCCGCAUUUUUUACCGAUGAAGUCGCAAAAUUUGAAAUUUUAGGACGUCUACUAUGAUCGAUAAAAGCCGGAUAUGCGAUUAACAUGACUUUAAACGAGACCAACACUAUAAGCCGAAUAUAUGUUUUGCUCAACUGUUUAUUUAAUGACAAGUACUAUACUGUAUUAUUGCAUUUACCAGAUUGCAAACUAUGGCAUGGCUGGACAAUAUGAAUAUCACAUGGAUUUUGGAGUAAGUAGCAGCCUUCAUCCGUCAUUAAGCCAGAAUUCAGCCCAAUUACCUUCUUUACAUGUAGUGUAAAAGUCAUCAAAUAGGUCGUUCGAAUUUACUGCCGACCACGGCACCCCUGUGAAACUGGGUACGAAUGCUUUUCUCCAGUAGCCUACAUAACCGACGUUUAUUUUUUGCAUGCUCUUCGCUCUCUUUGCGCUUGCCUUGGCUCUCCUGAAAAAAGCAAAAAAAAAAAAGCCUGUUAUGCAGGCUAUUAUCCAGUCUUAUGGUAUAGGAGCAGAACGCCUGGCAAGCUCACUUUCUGUAGAAUUGUUUGUUGGGGUAAUCAGGCCUGCAAUAAUGCCUUUUGGGCUCCUGCUUUUGAUUACACACGCUGCACCGAUUGGAAGUGCGCCAAAAAAGGUGUUGUACAUUUUUGAAGGUUGUUUUUGCAGGUUGGAACAAUUAAGAAGUUCAUGCAAGAUGCAAAUGAAUGGCACCGAUCAAAAACUCUCCUUGGACAAUAGGGUGCCUGCCAGUCUGACCCAUCGCACCGAUCCAGGGGUCAGUGGUUUGUUCCGUAUCAUGCACCAGGCUUAUCCCUUUUUAUUAUUAUUAUUUUUAGGACCCUGGUUCGCCUUUGGACUUAUCUCCGAACGGAAACCGCGUUGCCACAGUUCUUAUUUAUGUAUGUAGAUUCAGAAUGAGUUAUUUUGCUUUAUCUCUUCAGUCUCUUUAUUGCUCCUCGGCGUUAGUAAUCAUUGAUCAUCAUCAACACAAGAAGUGAAUAAAUAAACUAAGAGGGAGAAUGAUUUUGCACGAGAACGAUCAUCGCAGAUAUGCACAUAACUUAAGCAGUUGCGAAAACAAAGCCUCGGCUUUCACAAAGUGACUAGCUCUUAGCUGGCAUGAUAUCUUAGUAAAUAGCGCUGCACCGAUAUUGCAGAGGUCAUGGGUUUGAUCCUUUUCUGUUUUUCUUACCUGCUUGCAAUGCGAUGAUCUUUUCAAGUGAAACUUAAAUGACGAUGACUAAACUUUAUUUCUAUUACCUUAACAGCUGAAUGACGUCAGCGCGGGAGGUUACACAGUAUUUACAAAGGCAAAAACGUAUGUCGCUCCUACUAAGGUAUGAAUUCGAUAACAUUAAUGCAAUUAAUUAUUUUUAGUUAGUAUUGACUAUUUUCGAAUCCCCCAUAAUACACUCUGUUUCCCCUCCAAUGCAGUACUCCCAGUAACCUCCCACGCAAGCGUUCUCAGGGGUUCGUCACGCGUUCCUGCCGCACUAACCUUAGUGGAGCAGGAACGCGUGACGAACCCCGAAGAACGUCUGCGUGGGAGGCUAUACUCCCAGGAGCAUAUGAAAACAAUGGUUUAUGCAAAAUUUGGGGGAGGUGGGCAAACAGAGUGAUAACCAUAUGAAGUAGUACUGGUAACAGCCAACUAUGGAAAGGCUUGCAACCGUAUUUGAAGUCUUUAGACGAGCAUACUCUUCUUCUCAUACGCACCAAAUUUUUUACUUAUCAAAUGAAGCCAUACUCCCGAUCAUCAGAGUCUUAUCUUAGCCCGCCUGUCUCGUCACCUCUCAUUUUGUAAGAAGUUUCAUCCGUCUUAGUUAUCAAAUUCAUUACUACGCCCUACCAAGAGGGGAUCUGUUGGCCCCACACCCUCUCUAGCUAUUUAGGUGUCGAUAGAGGCCUCUUUUCAAUAGACUGUCACGCGCGGUCGCGUUCGUUCGCUCUACUGUCCCUGAGGGAAAAUGAGGGACUACUCGUAGUCUAUUAUUCAUUAGUAAAAUCCAACUAGUGGUCUAUUAUCAAUGCCGCGUUCUGAUUGGUUGAGCUACUACUAGGCUAUAUGUUAUAGCCCACUAGUAGCGAAAAGCGCCGGCUUUAAAAACCAAAACAAUAACGGCUGAAUCGCGUUUUGCUAGCUAAAGUUGUUUUGUCUCGACAUUUUUGACAAACUGGCUGAAUUAUACUAAAACAAUUAUUCCUCUCGCCCUCAUGCCCUCUGAGUCAAUAGCCCAUUCGGCCAAUGGGCUUUGGCCUCAUGGGCUAUUGACUCAGAGCCCAUUUGAGCUCGAAAAAUAAUUGUUAAAAAACUAAAAGUGUUAGAUCCACUUCCUACUAAAUCUGUAAUGUGAUUUUCAGGGGGACGCAGUAUUCUGGUACAACUUAAAAAGAUCAGGUGACGGAGACUAUGAUACAGAGCAUGCAGCAUGUCCAGUCCUUUGCGGCAAUAAAUGGGGUGGGUGUUCAAACACUGAUCAGUUUAAUUUCAAUACACACUGUCUUUUUUGCACGAUGAAUCACUCAAAACUACAAGUACUGGUGGUCUGAGAUGAGUAAAGCAGUCUCAGUAGAUCAAGUUCCACCGAAACCCGCCCGCGUACGCAUCAGUUUAUCUGUGCCUUCCUUUGGUCACUAUCUUGCCCGGCACCUGUCGUUACAUCUGCAACCAACGCCAAAUUAUACGAAAAUCGAGCAGCUUCGUUCCUUUUCAUAUGCUCGUUCAUUUUAUCAGUCACAACACACUCAUUUGUUAAUUUUAUUCAUUUAUUUAUACUCUUAUUUUGUUGUUUUUUAGUUGCAAAUAAGUGGUUACACAUCCGUGGCCAGGAAUUUCGACGAAAAUGCAGUCUUGAUCGUGAUGCCUAA